CAAUAGAAACGAAAGCUAGCAAGAACUCUCUCACGAAACCCCUCGUUUGAGUGUUGUAGAGAAAUUUGUUAGAGAGAGAGAGAUGACGAUGAUGGCGAGAAGUGCCGAUGCUGCUGUGGUUUUCAGAAAUGGUGUUUGUGAUUGUCUUCACAAGGGUAUUUUCUCCCAAUUUCCUUGUUUUCUUGCAAUCUUACUUAAUCGCUCUUCUCAUAUUCAUAUCAAUGCUUCUGUGGAAGACCAAUUUCAGCAUGGGUUUGCUAAUUUUGACGAUGAUGAUGAUGCCCUAACUCAUUUUGAUCGCAUGCUUCGAAUGCGACCUUUGCCCUCAAUUGUUCAAUUUAAUCAACUUUUAACUUCAAUUGCAAGAACUAAGCAUUACUCCACCGUGAUUUCUCUGUUUUGGAGAAUGAAUCUCUUAGAAGAUGGGUUCGUCAAGCCUGAUAAGUUUACACUUAAAAUCGUGAUUAAUUGUUUCUGUAAGUUGAAUCGAGUUGAUUUGGGUUUUUCUAUUUUAGGGAAUCUAUUGAAACUUGGUUAUGAACCAAACAUCAUAACCUUCAAUACCCUGAUCAAUGGGCUUUGUGUAAAUGCUAAGAUCGCUUUGGCGGUUAAGUUUCUUGAUGAAAUCGUGGAAAAAGGGUUCCAACCCAAUUUCAUUACUUACAUCACUAUAAUAAAUGGCUUAUGUAAAACAGGAAACACUAGUAGUGCUAUUGUUUUGCUCAGAAAGAUGGAGAAAAUAGGAGGUUGUGAGCCUAGACUAGUGGAUUACAACGCGGUCAUCGAUAGCCUUUGCAAGGACAGACUAGUAACCGAGGCUUUCAAGCUCUUUUCGGAAAUGAUAGGUAAAGGAAUUUCACCAGAUGUCGUCACUUACACAUCACUAAUUCAAGGCAUAUGUAGUUUAGGUGAGUGGAAAGAUACUAUGACAUUGUUGAAUGAAAUGGUUGCUAAGAAUAUCUCUCCAAAUGUUCAAACUUUUAGCAUUUUGGUUGAUGCACUUUGUAAAGAAAGAAAGGCCAAAGAAGCACAAGAUGUGGUUGAAUUAAUGAUCCAAAGAGAUGUGGUGCCUAAUGUUGUCACUUAUAAUGCUGUAAUGGAUGGGUACUGUCUGUGUGGCCAAGUAGAUGAAGCAAGGAAAAUGUUUGAUGUUAUGGUUAGUAGGGGUUGUGCUCCUGAUGUUAUCACUUAUACUAUCUUGAUUAAUGGGUACAGUAAGAUCAAAAACAUAGAUGAAGCCACGAGUCUCUUUAAGGAAAUGUCUAGAAAAAGAUUGCUUCCGGAUACUGUUACGUAUACCACUCUUAUUGGUGGCUUGUGCCAAAUAAGAAGACCUCGAGAUGCACUUUUGCUUCUUGAUGAGAUGCAAACUCAUGGCCAAAUUCAUGAUCCGUUUACUUAUUCUACUUUGCUGAAUGGCCUAUGCAACAACCAACGUCUUGACGAGGCAUUAGCUUUGUUUAAAAAGCUUGAAAACACUGGACUAGCUCCUAAUAUUGUGAUAUACAGUAACCUAAUUCAGGGUGUGUGCAAAGCUGGGAAGCUCGAUGAUGCAAGAAAACUCUACUUGAGUCUUUCUGCUAAAGGUUUGAAACCUAAUGUCCGCACAUACAACAUAAUGAUCAAUGGACUUUGCAAGGGAAGGCUACUUGAUGAAGCAAGUGAGCUGUUAAUGAAAAUGGAAGAAGAAGGAUGCUCACCAAAUUUUUACUCGUAUAAUAUAUUGGUUCAAGGACUUCUACAAAAUAAUGGAAUACAAAAAGCAUUGCAACUGCUUCAUGUAAUGGAUGAUAGAGCUAUCUCUGUGGACCCAGGCACUGUAACCUUCCUAGUUAACAUGUUGUCUGAUGAUGGAUUAGAUAAUUUGUCAAAGGAAAUGCUUCAUGCGUUUUUUGGAACUACUUCAUUUUCCAAGUAACCACCUAGGUUUUCUAGAGCUACUUUGUUUACUCAAGCAUCAUAAUGAGUCAAGGUGUUGCAUUGAUA